AUGGCGACGCAGGUGUUGAUAGCCCAUACGGGCCAGCGCCUGCAAGUGGACACCACGCAGUUCUCAGCGCUCGAUGAUUUCAAGGCCUGGAUCGCAAGGCAGACGUCGAUUCCGGCGCAUCAAACUGUUGCUUUGACUGCCCAAGGACGAAGUGUUAAGCUGCAGACUCUUCACCAGGAAACGGAGAUCUACAUCUACGACAUCCGUUUAUCGCAACCCAACCCUUCUGGUGCCGCCUCUUCUCUCAAGUCCGAACUGCCGCUUCCUAAGCGAUACCCCGUCCCGAACGCCCCCAACUACAUCGGCAACAUCCGCGUAUUGUCCGAAUGGCAAGCUUUGUACAAGGAGCGCCAGGCAUGGGCCCUCGGCAUCGUCCAGGACUCUACCCAGAUGGCAACCGAGAUCCAGCAACGAUACGGCGAGAUGGACGUCAUUAUCAAGUGCUUGGACGCGGCAGUAGCCAAUCUGGAGAUUAGUGUAAAGCAGAUUGAGCCCAAGUACGCCGAGCUAAAGAAGUGGUUGCAGCCCGCGCUGGAGGAGUACGAGCAGCUCGCUGAAAACUGGGAGCACUACCUCACGAUUGCGCGCAGCGUGCCCAUCUCUGCUGCCAUGGUGCGCUUCAUGACAUCGCGGGACCUCAAGAAGAAGCAGACGACUCUGGAAGACCUGAUCGAGCAUGAUACGGCGAAGAAGUCGGGACGGUUGGCCCCGACGUCUUUGAAAAAGUUCAGUACCAAGGCCGCAGAUUUGGACAAGGCUGCGGACAAGAUGUAUGGGGCACUGGAGCAGCUGAUUGGGGACUUUGAUAACCUAGUCGGUCGAUCUGCGUUAUCCCAUAGCGGCGAGGCGGCGCAACUACUCCAGGACCUCGAAGCUGUGGCCAAAAAGAUCGAAACAGACUACCAAAUCGUGCUGGAGUAUUCCGACACGCAGCCCGACGUCUUACAGGCAUCGCGGACGGCGGAGAACCACACGUCGCGACUAAUCCCCAGCUUGAAGAAGCGCGCCGCGGAGAUGGACGAUAUGCUGCACUAUGUCACGCAGGCGCGAAACGCCAUUGCCUCCGAUUGCAUCGAUUUUAUGCGCAACAUCACUGAGAUUACCACGUUACACAGCAGCGUUAAGAAUCAGAUUAGUCUCCUGAAUCAGGCUGAAGACGACAUGACGACAUUCGACUAUUUGCGUCUUAUUCACCAGCUCCCGUACAUGUACGCCUCCUUCGUCUCCGAAGCGGUGCGACGCCGUGAGUGGUCUGAUAAGAUCAAGACGGAUUCGUCGACGCUCGCCAACGAGAUGGCGCUAUUUCAAGACGAGGAGUCGAAGAGGCGGAGAAAAUGGCACAAGAUGGUCGGUAGCAUGUACGGCCCUGACAAGGCUGAAGCCAAUAUCUUAGGUCUUGAGGUCAACUUGCUUGGCGAGGAAGAGACGUGGCCAAACAUGGCCAAGCGAGAUUUGGAAGAAUUCUUGGAGCAUCUCCAAAGACAACAUGCAGAGGUCAACAUCAUUGACGACGUGGCAAAGCUGGUCAACGAGCUGAGCAGCCCCACGAAGCAACAGGCGAAGAGAUUGAAGGCCUUCAAGAAUGGGAGUGUUCAUGAGGCUGCCCUUGGACGAAGCGGCUUGAUGAUCCGCGGUGAUGACGACCUGCUUCGCAGCCUUCAGGAUGACAAGUCGAAACUCAAAAACAAGCUAAGGACGGCGGAGAGCCGGGUGCGAAGGUUGGAAGACUUGCUCCACAGGCAAAGUGCGGCGUCUCGGCCAGGCAUCGGAGGUCUAUUCGGUCACGAAAGAAACGAUUCAUCGAACUCGAUCAAGUCAAAUGCCCCUUUGGAGGAUAACCGUCGUUCGACAGGCAACUCGGAUGCACUAUUACAGCGGAUCCAACAAUUGGAAAAUGAAUUGAACAGUCGUCGAUCAUCCGACAACUCAGAAGCCUUGACCCAGAGAAUACGGCAGCUUGAAGAUGAACUCAAUGACCGCCCGACACCCGGUAAUUCGGAUGCUCAUGCGCAGAGAAUUCAACAGCUUGAAAGUGAACUCAAGGCAGAGAAAGAAAAGUGCGCAGCGUUCGAAAGAGAUCUUGGCGUCCGGGCUACCGCCCACGACGACGUCAAGGGCCGGAUGGAGGAGGCGAACUCGACCAAAAAGGAACUCCUCGAGAAUAUGGAGGCCUUACAGCGGGAAUUUGUCGAAGAGCGAAAGUCACUCGAGAAUGAGAUUAAGGGACUCAAGGCCCGCAUCGAAGACACCGAAGAUGAAAUUGAAAACUUUGGCGAAUCCAGAGAGAACGAGAAGGCCACUUACAUUGAGCGGAUGCAUGACCUGGAGGCGGAGAUCGAAAGGUUGCAAAAGGAACAGAAGGACGAGGCGCUCAAGACCCAAGGCCAGAUUGAAUUCCUGCGCAACGAGGCCCGACUCCAGAGGGAGCAAAACGAGUCUCUCGAAAAACAACUCCAGACGGCGAACGACGAGGCAAAGAGGUUAGCCAAGACUCUGAGUUCCACUCAGGAGACCGUCGAGGUACAGCUGAAGGCACUUCGUGAUGUUCACGAGCAACUGGCUCCAAACGACGACACAACCGAGGAUCUUAACGAUCUCAUUGAUGCGCUUGUAUACCGAGCAACAGAUGUCGCAGCCAAGAUGAGGACUCUGGAGAGUGACAGAUCGAUAAUCAGGACAGGCCUUGAGCAAGCAGAGGAGCAUAUCAAGGCCCUGAAGGCUGAUAUCUCCGAAACAAAGGAAAAGCUGGCCUCCGAGGAGGACUGCUCCAGGCAUCUGAGAGAGAACUUGAACGAGGAGAAGGCCAAGGUGGCUGCUCUCGAGCAAGAGGCUGCCGAGAACCGAGAGCAGUUAGACCAACUCCGCGCCAAGAUUGCCGAUGGCGAAACGGGCUCAGAAAGCCUCCGAAAGAAGCUGGACGAAGAAGAAGAACGGAUCAGCUCCAUCACCGAGGAACUCGCGUCCCGGCAAUCCCAAGUCGGUAGUUUGGAAGAGGAGCUUCGGCUCUACAAGGAAAAGAUGGACAAGUCUCAAGCCAAGCUCACGGCUGUUCUUGGUCACUUCGAGUCUAGAUCUGAGAAGACUAAGGAUCUGACACAGCGUCUCUACUCCCAGAACGACAGACUCUGUCGACUUUUGGAGCGAUUGGGUUUCGCGGUCACCCGCCAAGACUCAACGAUGAUGAUACAGAAGGUCCCGAGGUCUGAGAGAACCACCAUGAGUCAGGUUCACAAUGCCAAUGACCCAUCGGAUCCUGGACAAUCCAUGAUGCGUCGCUCUGGGAUGGUUGCCGGUCGCACUUUGGCCGAUAGCACCGACCUCGCGCUAUUGUACUGGAUGAAUGACGCCGAAGAUCCCGACGCUGAGACGGACAAGUACGAGGCCUUCAUGACACGUCUGGGCAGCUUCGACAUGGACCUAUUUGCCGAGACGGUCUACAGGCGUGUCAAGGACGUCGAACAUCUCGCUCGGAAACUUCAGCGAGAGGCGCGCGCUUACAGGGAGAAGGCACAUACCCUGCAGCGGGACUCGCAUGAGAAGAUUGCCUUCAAGCAUUUCAAGGAAGGGGAUCUCGCUUUAUUCCUCCCCACAAGAAACCAAACAGCUGGUGCCUGGGCUGCGUUCAACGUGGGCUUUCCUCACUACUUUCUGCGAGAGACUGACGCGCAUCGUCUCCGCUCGCGUGAAUGGCUUGUCGCUCGCAUCACUCGCAUACAGGAGCGUGUGGUGGAUCUUUCGAAGAGCCUGCACAAGCAAUUACCAGAUAACGACUCGGUCAAUGGCGAGGAGGACGACAACCCGUUCCAGCUCUCAGACGGCUUGCGAUGGUAUCUGAUCGAUGCACACGAGGAUAAGCCGGGUGCCCCUGCCACACCUGGGUUGGGCAAGUCUACAAUCGCGACAAACAAUGUCGAGGCUAUGGCGGAUAUGCAUACUCAUGCGCAGGCAAGCGGCAAAGACAAGCAGCGGGCAAAUCCUCACAGCAUCGAGGGCGUCAGCAAGGCGCUGAGCAAGAGUCUCGAGAGUCGUCGGAGCAGUUCCAACUCGAAGAAGGCUCUCCCUUUCGCCGUGGGUGGAGGUGCGGCGCUGCUCAAGGGCAAUGCUUUGGGCAGCGAAACCAACUCACUCCGCGCAGCUGCGCCGGAUACUCCGACAGAAACGAGCCCGCCCGAGGACGGGCCGCUUGGGUCAUUGGCUAAUGGGCACGAGCAUUCGGGACAGGCUGGGCAAGCUUCGAGCCCGCCUGCGGAAGAGGGUCACCCCACGCAGGCGGGUGAUGAGAGGUCCAGGUCGCCGGAGGUACGAAACACGAUCGAUUCCCUCGUCGGUCCUUAG